UCUCUUGCUGUCUUUCCAAAGCACACCCCUUUUUAGCUUUUCCUUGCUUUAUCUCUCUCUUUCUCACACUCACACUUUCCUUCUCUCUCUUUUUUGGUUGGUCUGCUGGCUUAUGAGUCUUAUGUCUCCAUAGCCCUCUCUCUCAUAUCACUCAUUAGGCCUUAUCUCAAAUUUUCAAAUUUUCCCAUGGAACUCUCGCCUCAUCGACCCGUGACUGUUUCAACUCUCUCCCCUCCUCAUCUCAUCUUCUUCUCCAAAAACCCACACUUUUUUUCCCCAUGAUUUUGCACUCUGAACCACUCUCCUCCGCCAACAACAACCCAACAAGGAGACCAAUUCACCAACCAUGCACUCUCCUCCUCAGCAGCCUCACCGGAACGGCGAGACGACGCCGUACCCGAUCCCCAACCAUCCCUUCCACUCCACUGUCUCGCUACGGAAGCUCAGGCGCUUCAACUACCUCAUCCUCGUCUUCCGAAUCGCCUCCUUCAGCUUCUCUCUCGCUUCCUUCAUCUUCAUGCUCUCCACUUCUCGCGGCCCCAACUCCCCUCGCUGGUACCACUUCGACGCCUUCAGAUUGGUAGUGGGAGCGAAUGCAAUAGUGGCGCUCUACUCUCUCUUCGAAAUGGUGGCUUCGGUUUGGGAAAUAUCCAGAGGAGCCACUCUCUUCAGCGAGGUCUUACAGGUCUGGUUCGACUUCGGCCAUGAUCAGGUGUUCGCGUACUUGUUGCUGUCUGCGGAUUCGGCGGGAACGGCGUUGGCGAGGGUUUUGAAAGGGAGGGACACGUGUACGGCUUGGAACGCGUUCUGCAUACAGGCGGACGUGGCCAUCGCCCUGGGCUUUCUCGGGUUUCUGUUCCUGGGCUUUUCGUCUCUGCUCUCGGGUUUCCGGGUCGCCUGCUUCAUUAUCAAGGGGUCUCGUUUUCAUCUUUAGAGAGAGAGAGAGAGAGAGAGGGAGUACUGCUGAGGGAAUAUUUGAGUGCCUCGAGGUGUUGAGUCCUUACUGUGUGGUCGUACUCUUGAUUUUGAGACGGAAUGACUGAUGAUGUGAUGCGGAUGUGGUGUGUUCGCCAGUGGCUGCAGCUUUUUCAAUUUUCAGUGUAUUUUCGCGGGUCUGUGUGUGUAUAGGAGAGUCAUGUAUUCUUUAUGCAUUUCUACUCAAUUUUAUGGACUUCACUUGUUAUUGAUA